GGUAACAGAUUUAAAAGUUUGAGACAAGCUCGCCAAAACUACAUCUGCUACCAACAACCGGAAUAUAAACCUGCCGUUAUACCGUAAAUACCCGGAACUCAAUCGCUUUUACUUUGUAUUCAGUCUACUUCAGUUUUAAAACUCUUUGAAUAUGGGGAAAGUAAGCAAAUUGUGUUUUAUAACGUGGAUAUACUUUCUUGCGUACAUUUCAUUGGGAUUUGCAACUACAAUCGAGCCAACAAUCGAGCCGACGAGCGAGUCUACAACUUUUAGUUACAUCAUGGACAAUUACACCGAAUCGAUGGCGGACUUAAGCGACAUCGAGUCCAAGUUUUCUUUCAGAACCAGCGAGGAACCCGAGGACGAUUUGUGUUAUAUUGUUCCUGGUCAACCCGAAACUAUUAAAGAAUGUAACUUCAAUCCAGAAAACAACACCUUCAUAGUUAUUCACGGAUGGACGGUCACUGGUAUGUUUGAAAGUUGGGUUCCUAAACUGGUAACAGCUUUGUAUGAACGAGAGCCAUCGGCCAAUGUCAUUGUGGUGGACUGGUUGACACGCGCACAGCAGCACUACCCUACAUCGGCAGCGUACACCAAACUAGUGGGCAGAGAUGUGGCCAAAUUUGUCAACUGGUUACAGGCCGAGAUUGACUAUCCUUGGGAGAAACUACACCUGCUGGGCUACAGCCUUGGUGCACACGUGGCAGGAAUCACUGGUUUUCUUACCAAAAAUAAAGUUAACCGAAUCACAGGUUUGGAUCCGGCUGGUCCUAGCUUUGAGUACGCCGACUCCCAAAGCACUCUUUCCCCUGAUGAUGCUCUUUUUGUGGACGUCCUUCACACCAACACUCGAGGAUCUCCAGACCGCAGCAUCGGGAUUCAGAGGCCAGUUGGCCACAUAGAUGUAUACCCCAACGGUGGCACCUUCCAACCUGGCUGUAACCUUCAAAACACUGUAUUGAUGGUGGCCACUACUGGUUUAAGGAACAUGGAUCAGAUCGUGAAGUGUUCCCACGAGCGCUCGAUUCAUCUGUUCAUCGAUUCGCUCGUGAAUACGAAACAGCAAAGUGUGGCUUUUCGCUGUAGCUCCCGAGAAAGCUUCAAUAAGGGCAUGUGCCUCAGCUGCCGCAAGAACCGCUGCAACAAGGUGGGCUAUGGCAUCAACAAAAUCCGCACUCGCAGGAGCAGCAAGAUGUACAUGAAAACCAGAGAUAUGAUGCCGUUUAAAGUUUUCCAUUACCAAGUGAAGGUCCAUUUCUUCGGCAAGACAAAAUUGAGCUACACCGACCAACCCAUGAAGGUCUCACUGUAUGGCAUCGACGGUGAGAAGGAAAACAUCCCUUAUGUUAUGCCUACUUUGAACUCGAACGCCACCGUGUCUUUCCUGUUGACCACAGAUGUGGACAUCGGAGAUCUUCUGAUGGUAAAACUUUUCUGGGAGAAAGACACGCUCAUCAGCUGGCCAUGGUGGAAUCCCGACACCUUUCAUGUCCGCAAGCUACGGGUGAAAUCAGGAGAGAAACAAUCUAAAGUAAUCUUCACUGCCAAAGAAGGUGAAUUUUCCUACCUUACUCGCGGAGGCGACGCCGCCGUCUUUGUAAAAGACAAAGAAGCCCAGUCAAGCCGCAAAAACGAGAGAUUGCACAAGCGGAAGAUGGAAGGAAGUUCAUAUAAACAAAACACGGAGUAGAAACGCACUUCAAAAUCCAACUCUGCUGGAACCUGCACAGACUUUGCCGAAAACUGGAACGCCGGUGAAAACCAACAUCUUCUAUAUAUCCUGACCUUAAUCCUGAAACACGUCCUGCAAGAAACCACAUCUUGAAAACGUUACUGCUGUGCAGUUUGGAAACAAAAUGUCACAUUGGGGACUUUUAAUUUUUAAGUAUUUCGCCUAAAUGAUUUUGCAUCUUGGCCCACUAUGAAAAGUCUGCUGGACAAUCUUUAGUACAUAAAAUGAUAAUCACAUGACUUUAUGCAAUACAAACAUGCAAGUAUACUACUGUUGUCUGUUUGUCUGCAUUGGUUAAACAAAAGUAAAGCAGGUGUAACGUUCACCACACUCUCAGAAAAAAGGUACAAAGUUAUCACUGGGAUGGUAGGUACCUUUUAAAAGGGUCCAAAUAUGUACCUUUGAGGAACCAGUAUGUACCUCUACGGUACCAAUAUGCACCUUUUGGUUCAAAAGUGUACUUUUUGAAAAGGUGCCGCCCCAGCGACAACUUUAGCACGUUCUUGUACCUUUAUUUCUGAGUGUGCAGUUGUCCAUCAAAGAAACAAAGCUUGUUGUUGUAGUAGUUUUUCCCUUUUGGAGAAAGAUGUUACUCGAAACAAGAGAUGCACAGAUAUUAUAUUUUCACAGACACCGAUUAUUCAUUCUUAUAUCGCCCGAUGCCGACAUCGAUCGUUUGGUGGUUAUAUUAACUUGCAUUAACUAAAUUCGAAAGAUUAAAUUUAGUUUUUUCAUUCACAUAAUGACUAUUAAUAUUGAACAUUAACCUAGUGAUGUUUCUCUAAAUGUUUUAUACGCAGGAUAUAUCGGCCAUGACUAAAAGCUGUUUUUAAACUAUCGGCCAAUAGUAUUAAAAAUAGCUUUUUAUCGUCCAAUACCGAUAUUGGCCGAUAUAUCGGUGCAUCUCGACUCGAAACAUGUUAAGGAUUAUUUGGUUUAGCUCUGUGAUAACAGUAUUAAAUUUGAACUUUGAGACUAAACCGCUAGGUUAUUUAGCCGUUUCAUUUUUGGUUUCACUGUGAAGUUGGUUUUUGUACCAAAGCUGUUUCGCUAGCAAUGCUAAUCCUCUUAUUGAAGGCAACGGUUCAGUCUAGCAAAUGUUUUCUCAGUUUGCUCACAGUAUUACAACUGAACACCAUCAGCUUUCAUAAAAGUCGGACCAAAUUCUCUCUCUACUGAAUCAAAAUUACUGUAAAUAUGUGUAAUUGUCAUAUAUAUAUAUAUAUAUACAGCUCUUCAAACGUCUACCUUUCUUUUGUUUCUUGGGUUAUUGUGUCUGGCACGGGUCACUUUAAAGGAUUUGCCUCCCUUUGAUUCAGUUUUGUUUGGAUAAACCAGCAAAAGACAUCAAACAAUUUUGUCUCCCGAUGCAAUUACUGUUUUGUCUCUCAUUGCCCUUUUUAUAGCAACUCAAGCUUUACAGUUUAUUGUUUUUUCUGCAUUAAAUUUAGGGAAAGUAAAAAUUAUAUUUACACGGACCAGCCAGGAAAUAAAAAUUUGAUUUGAUCUAAAGAAUAAAGCGUAGACAGACGUUUUCUAAAAGGCGUGAUGGGGUAGACUGCCCCAUAUGAUAGCCAAAAGUAUACAUGCAGUACAGUAAGUCACAAAACUGUCAAUUUUUCUAUUUAUUGAAUGUAUAUAUUUGUAUAUUAAGCACAUAAUAUAUGUAUACCAUAUUUCUGAUUUGCUCCUCGCUUUUGAGUUCUAGCCUCUCUAUUUUUAUAUAAGCAAGCAACUUUCGAACGAUUGAAGGAAAUUCAGUGUUUUGGUGAACAACUGUGAUCAUUUAUUUGAUGGUUAUAAUGUCAUUUUAAUAAACAUCAUGUUACAGUAUGUCAGGGCUUGAAAAUGGUUUUUAAUUGAACUCAUUUUCAAGCAGAAGUUUUAUGUAAAACAAAUCUGUUUAUCUCAAAAAAACGUAGGCCUUAUAAUACAUUUCAAUUGCCGUGUCUGUAUUAGCUUUUAUUAGAGUAUUCUUGGAAGAUGUUACUAAAAGUCUGUAGACAGAAUAAAUUUGCACUGAA